CAAACUAGGUUCCCAAAUCCUCAAUCGUCAGAACAGAACUCCUUCAAUUUCAAUCUCCGAUUUCACAAUCACACUUCACAAACCCUAGAAUCAAAUUCCAAAAUGAAUCGCAAGAAAUCGCUCCAAAUCUUCAUCCAAUCGCCGGACCUCCAUCAAAUCCGCCACGAAUCCGUCACCGGCGAUCAAACCCUCGCCGACCUGAAACGCUCUCUCUUCCCGGAAUCAAACCACCGAUCCUCGUUCUACUUCACCCUCCAUGGAAAACCCCUCCCCGACGAUACCCCUCUCUCGAUCCCCCAAAUCGCCCCUCUCUCCACCCUCGUUCUUCAAUCCCGCCUCCGCGGCGGCGGAGGCGAUGGCGGCGCGACGGGCGCCGAGUCCCGCGACUGCUACCUGAAGAUGUACUCGGAGAAGAAGCCGGACAAGGUGGACCCCAACGAGCAGAGGCUGUCAAAGUGGCAGAACUGCGCGCUCUCGAACGAGCCCUUGAGGGAACCCUGCGUGAUCGACAAGCUUGGGAAUAUCUUCAACAAGGAAGCGCUGGUGGAGGCUUUGCUCGGGAAGAAGCUUCCCAAGGAGUUUGGGUAUAUCAAGGGUUUGAAGGAUAUGAUCACGAUUCGGCUUUCUUCGGUUCCUAGAGCUGAAGAUGGGGCUAAGUUUCAGUGUCCUAUUUCGGGGCUUGAAUUGAAUGGGAAGUAUAGGUUUUUUGCUCUGAGGAAUUGUGGGCAUGUUUUGAGUGCAAAGGCGUUGAAGGAAGUUCGGUCGUCGAGUUGUUUGGUUUGCCAUGAGGAUUAUGGGGAGGAGGAUAAGGUUGUGAUUAAUGGGAAUGAAGAUGAGGUUGCUGCUUUGAGGGAGAGGAUGGAGAUGGAGAAGACCAGGGUGAGGGAGGGGAAGAAGAAUAAGAAGGUGAAGGGUGAGAGUUUGGAAGGGUCAAGGUUGAGUGGUACCAAGCAUGUUAUGGCUGCUGUGGAGAAGGCUUCAGCUAAAGUGGAAGUAAAUGGGAAGGUUUCUAAUGGUGGUGGUGCUGCGAAGCGUUUCAAGGCAAUUGAUGUGGCCCCAGCACAUGCUACCAAGGAAGUCUAUGCCUCCAUAUUCACUUCAUCCAGAAAAUCUGAUUUUAAAGAAACAUACUCUUGCAGAUCUCUACCACUUGGAAGAAACUGAUUGCGGUAUGUAUGCAAGUGUGUACUGUUACAUUGAACAUUGAAUUUUAGUUCAUGAUUAUAGAAGGGAUUGGCUUUUCCUGUGAUCUUGUGUAGUAUUGUUAUAGACAUAGUUACUUGUUUUGUUCCUAUCAUAUAUCAUCACUAAUCUAUGUUACUCUAGAAGGGGUUUUGUGAAUAAUGUCUAGUGUUUGGCCUCUUUUUCAAGAUGUAGAUUUUAGUCAUUUCACUUGUUCUAUUUGAAGUUUCACCCUGGAAACCAUGUUUUUUUAAAGGUUUACGCUGUA